GUUUUGGUUAAUUCUGCGUGGGUACAUAUAUUUUAAAACGUUGGCUCCAUAUUGCGUGGAGUGGUGUUACAUUUUGUCAAAAUGACGACACAGACAAAGAUGGAAUUUGCUGUCCAGAUGACAUGUCAGCAUUGUGUAGAUUCAAUCAAAUCAAAACUGCAGAGUGUGAACGAUAUAAAGGUUUUGGAGAUCAACUUGGCUGAUGAGAGAGUUAUACUACAAACAUCACUUCCUUCAAGUCAAGUCUUAGAGGUAAUAGAAGACACUGGCAAAAGAGCUGUGUUGAUUGGACAUGGUUCAGCAAGCUCAGCCAUAGGUCGGGAGCAUCUUGGUGCAGCUGUAACCAUGUUGGAAGAGGGUCAACUCAAGGGUGUAAUACGAUUUGUACAAUCCGAUAGAAAUAAGUGCAUUAUUGAAGGCAUAGUAGAUGGACUGAAACCCAAAUCUAUACAUGCUAUCAAUAUUCAUGAAUUUGGUGAUAUAUCAGAUGGCUGCACUAGUUGUGGUGAUCAUUUCAAUCCAUAUGAGCAACCUCAUGGUGCUCCAACUGACGAAGCACGGCAUGUUGGUGACUUAGGUAAUAUAACUAGUAAUGAGAACGGAAGAGCUGCAUUUACAAUAGAAGACAACUUAGUUAAGGUGUGGGACAUUAUUGGACGCUCAGUUGUGAUUCACUCUGGUGCAGAUGACAUGGGCAGAUCUAACGAUGGGUGCUCCAAGACCAAUGGUAAUUCUGGUAGUGGGUUGGCAUGUGGGAUUAUUGCAAGGUCUGCUGGAUUAUUUCAGAACACCAAAAAGUUUUGUGCAUGCGAUGGUGUUACUAUUUGGGAUGAGAGGAAUGUGCCAUUAGCGGGAUCGGGAAGAAGACGACCACCCCAGUCAGCACUGUAAAGAAACCACUAUAUGCAAAUAUCAUCCUAGUCAAGCUGUAAUAUAGGAU